UAUCCGCAGCUGACGUGGCUGAUGGCUCCAGUCAGGUACCCCCAGAGCCUGGCCGAAAUUACCUAUAACAAGGCUCAUUCCAAAAGCCGAGCUAUUGUGGAGCAUACCAUAGGACUUCUUAAGUCCCGCUUUUUGUGUUUGGCCAGGCCUGGGGGUGAGUUAUUAUACUCUCCUCAGAAGUCUUCCAGGAUCAUCCUCGCCUGUUGCCUCCUACACAACAUCUGCCAGGCGAGGAAUGAUUCCUGGGAGAUGACUGAGGAGAGGGAGCCUGAAGUCCGUCAGCUGCGGGUCUCCCGAAGGCAGAAUACCGCGGACGGGAUGGCCACGCGAGCUGACCUGAUCACCCGCUACUUCCCAUGU